AUGGUAGGACCCUUUAUGCAGGGCGUACUGCUCAUGGGUAUUAUUUACUGGUAUUCUAAGGGUCUUAUCAGCAUGAUAAACGAUUAUUAUCGUGGCGAAUUUAAUCGAAAAUUGAAAGAUGAAAUCAAAGAACAAAAACUGGGCAAUAUUAAAGCACCGGCAUACGAUUUAAGUGAUAUGGAAUUGCUUGUAAAUAUUGAGUUACAAAAAGACAAACUGAUGCAAAAAGCAGAAGAACGAGAAUAUUUUGUCGGAAAUAGUGAUCUUAAGGAAAAUACAAGUUAUUGUUAUCGUUUAAAUGCCAAAGAAGAGUUUCUAAAUAUGUUAUUUAUUACAAUUUACGAUUAUUAUAGAAAACAUCCGGUUAAAAAUCCUAUAUGUUGGUUAAAAGAAAAUAAAAAUAGUUCUUGGGCUUAUUAUAAAGAAUCGUAUAAUGAUUUUAGUUUAAUAAAGUAAAAUUAGUUUUAGCAUUUAGUUAAUUUAAAUAUUUAUAUAUAAAGUGUGUGUUGUAAAUGUAAAAAUGUAUUUUAAAUAAAAAAAUUCUAAAUUUCAACAAAUA